ACACUCGUAAGAAGAGUACUGAAAAUAUCCACUCGUCCAAUUCAUCUUCUCAUGUCACAACUUACACACAAAUUUACCUUUAAAACAAUUUCUAUUUUCCAUUUAGCGAUUGUUAUUGAAAUGUUGUUUCGUCAACUCGUGAAACGUAUUGCACCGUUUGGAAGAAAUAUUUUGUCACAAAAUGCAAAUUAUUCUGCGAUAAAGUAUUAUAAAGUUUAUACUCCUGUGCAGUGGACAAGUAUCCAGAAGGGUAUCAAAGAUAUACAGAGAGCCUCGUAUCCACUUUGGAGUCGUUCAUAUUCAGAACAGAAAACACAGCAGGGGUCUCAAGUUGAGGAGCCCAUAACACCGUAUCAGCCUGUAGUAGAAAAUUUGGAUAAAAGGGAUCCCAAAUAUCCUUGGAAGUGGAGAAGUUUUCUUCCAGAACACACUUACAAACCCAAUCUGAGCAUAGACCUUCAAAGGCAUCAUACUCCGUUGGACUUUAGAGACAGAGUCGCCUUGGGAAUCGUGAAAUUUUUGAGAUUCUUUGCCGACGCUUUUUUCCAAAAGCGAUAUGGGCACCGAGCUGUUGUAUUAGAAACUGUAGCAGCUGUGCCUGGAAUGGUAGGCGGUAUGCUGACACACUUUCGAUGCCUUAGAAGAUUCGCACCUUCAGGAGGUUGGAUACGAGUACUUUUAGAUGAAGCGGAGAAUGAAAGAAUGCAUCUAGUGACAUUUAUGUCCAUUGCAAAGCCAAAUUAUUUUGAGCGUUUGUUAGUGCUCAUUACACAAGGUGGCUUCUUUGCCUUUUAUACCAUGAUUUAUAUAUUGUCUCCGAAAACUGCUCAUCGUAUUGUUGGUUAUUUGGAAGAAGAAGCAAUCAUAUCCUAUACCGAAUAUCUAAAAGGAAUUGAUAGUGGUUUGCAUGCCAAUAUUCCUGCCCCACAGAUUGCUAUCGAUUAUUGGCAGUUGGAUAGCGAUGCACGUUUAAGAGAUGUAGUAUUGGCAGUAAGGGCAGACGAAGCAAAUCAUCGAGAUGUUAAUCAUUUGAAAGCCAACCUGCUAUACACCAAGCACGGAGACGAACCUGCACCUUUAUCGGUAUUAAGACAUGGCGAAGUGAAUCCGGAAGAAGCUCUAAACAAAAAGGGGAAGAAACAUUAGUUAACUAGCAAAUUGAGUUUUUCUUGUUU